AUGUUAGCUUGUGUGUGUCAACCAAUGGAGACAGCGCUGUUGUUCAAAGGAGGACCGCCGGUGACAAUGGGACCCCUCGGAUCAAACAAAACACGUCACAAUAGCACUAACGUUAUGAAAACAUUAAACAUGCUCCCCAAAUCAGUACACGGAGUGACCGACACCAAAGAUGAUUCUGCGUCACCAACAUCUGUACCGUCGAUUAUAGAUUCCGGAAAUCUCUUAAAUCUGAGGAAGAUAGAACGCGAAGCGCAGUCCACUAAAAUCUUGGUGAACCCUGUUUGUACAGAUAGUUUUGGUAGCGACGACAGCCCAUCGAAAUCCACCAACUCGAAGUGGAAGGGAAAGAAGAAACGCCUCAAAGUAAAACAAACAAAACCAGAGAAAGAACAUAAAUACAGAGACGAAGCGAGAGAGGGGAAAACGUCAAUCAACUGUUUCAAAAUCAGGAGCCAUGAUAAACGUGGGGACGAUGACGCAAAAUUAGCUAAAGAUAAUUGCUUGAACGAGAACGCUACCAACCUAAUGAACCAACCCGAUCUAAUAAAUCAUCCUUGUAACAGUAAUGAGAGAUUGGUUGAUGAAUCAACUAUGACAGAUGACGAGCUUUUAAAUCGCACCCGCGCGGACUAUGAAAAGACUGAUCUCGUUAGGAGAAAUGAGGUAAGCUGUACAAUCAUAUUUUCUUACACCAUUUCUAAAAUUAACAUAAAUUGA